UGUAAAGCCUAAACCUUUUUUGGUUUGGUUUACUUUGUGUUGAUCAAGUUUUUCAAGUCUCGCCUCACCUGCUACUGCUCCACCUAUUUCUACUGUUAUUCUUCUCUCAUUCUAAUUUCAUUUUCUUCUAAUAAACAUAAACAUUAUUAUUAUUAUUAUUUCACUUCGUUUCUACUUCUUCUACGUUUCAGUGCCUAAAACUAUUUGUAUCAUAUAUUGGGAACAAGAUCAGAGUUUGAUCUAAUUCAAAUUUUCAAGAAAUCGGUUUCUCCUUUUGAUUUGAAGUCAAUUGAGUUGGCUGUACAAUGGCUACCAAAGGAAUUUCAUCUUCUUUCUCCACAAGAGUUACCACAGCCUUGGCUUCAGCUUUGCUUGAAUGGUUGCUUAUCCUUUUCCUUUUUAUUAGUGCUGUUUUUUCUUAUGUUAUUACAAAGUUUGCUGGUUAUUGCAAAUUGAAAGUGCCGUGCUUGUUCUGCUCGAGGCUAGAUCAUGUGUUAGGCAAGGAAAAAAGUGGAUACUAUUUGGACUUGAUUUGUAGUCGUCAUAAAUCUGAGAUUUCGUCUUUAGUUUUUUGUCGUACACAUGAUAAUCUUGUAAACAUUCAAGGAGUCUGUGAAACUUGUCUCUUAUCUUCUGCAACCAUCGAUAAGACCAAUGCUGAGACUUCCCAGUUAUUGGUUGGUGAAUCGAGGGAAGAAUCUGACUCCGUAUUUGAUCAAGAUCCAUUACUUGGUGAAUUUAAUAAUGCUAGACACUGUUCUUGUUGUAGUGAACAAUGCCUUUUAAAUGGUUAUGGUCAAAAUUUGUUAUUCAGCAAGUCAAUUCGGUCUAGGGAUGCUGAUUUUGAUGCAUCAGAUUAUGUUGGAAAUGAUUUGUAUGAGAAAAGAAGUGCCAAGACAUUUGUAUUGGUUAGAGAUGCAUACCUGAGAAAUGAUCAGGCAGAUCCUUUGUCCCGUGUAGGUUACACAGAACUCAAGAUUACUUCUGAUACUGAGUCUGAAUAUGAAGUUCGCUUAUCAGAUGACGAUGGUAUAAGUAUACCAGUUCCCGGAAAAGAUGAUACCAAGGAACAUGUAAGAGUUCCAAUUGAACAUAUAGAGCCUCACCAUGUUGAUUCAAAUGAGGAUCCGACAUUCAGGAAGCCCGGGACUUCAGCUUUUGUACUUGAGCCAAUAUUGUCAGAAUCAGGAACGCAAGUAGAAAAUACAGAUAUUUGUGGUAUUAAAACUGCAACAGAAACAGUGCGAAGUGGGGAUGGUGUGGACGAACUUGAAUGGCAGCAGAUUGAAAGAAGUGAUGUUUGUCCCUCCCCAAGCGAGCCUAUUUCCUUCAACGACGUUCCUGCAUUAUUAAAUAAAACAGAAGGACCUGUUGAAGUAUCAAAGGAAAACUAUAAUUUUGGAGCUGAUGAAGAGGGACAAACGUCUGAGCGAAGACCCACCAUGGACUGGGAAGAAAACAUUAAGUCGGGCAAUAAGCUAAUAACAUCUGAAGCAGGUUUAGAACCAACCCCUAAUUUGCUGGAUCUUGGUGAUGCUUAUAAGCUGGCUGUCAGUAAUAGAGGAAGACAGUUGUCUGGUAUUCUUGCAGAACAUUGGCUUGGGAAAGAUUCCUUGAGAGUUAAUGAAAAUUUGAAGAUACUGUUGUCACAAUUCUCUGCCACUCGAGGGACUGAUCUGUCUUUUAAUGAUAUCAGUCCUAGAUUGUCUAUAAAUAGCGAAGAAGCAAAGAGUUCUGAUGUUUCUAACUCUACUGGGAUGCAGAUACUUCAAAAAAUGAUUUCGCUUGAGCGAAAUGAGUCUGGUUUGUCUCUGGAUGGAAGCAUUGUCAGCGAAAUUGAAGGAGAAAGUCUGGUUGACAAGCUUAAAAGACAAGUUGAUCAUGACAGGAAACUUAUGAGUGCUUUGUAUAAAGAGCUGGAGGAAGAAAGAAAUGCUUCUGCGAUUGCUGCAAAUCAAGCUUUAGCCAUGAUCACUAGACUGCAGGAAGAAAAGGCAGCAUUACAUAUGGAAGCCUUGCAGUACUUACGGAUGAUGGAUGAGCAGUCAGAAUAUGAAAUGGAAGCUUUGCAAAAAGCUAAUGACCUUCUUGCUGAGAAGGAGAAGGAGAUAGAAGAAUUGGAAGCAAAGGUCGAGUUUUAUAGGGAAAAAUACUCCGAUGAAUCAGUGUUGGAGAACAUGGUGGCAAAAAACUCUGAAAUGAAUGUAAAAGAUAUUGGAUUGGAUCAUUCACAAUGUACUUUCAUUGAAAAGGAUGAAAGUGUCCCCGGAAAAUCAAAUUCUAAUAUCGACGACAAAGCUGACAUUCUACUCAAGUCUUUGGAGGAAAUCAAUAUUCAAUCUGCACAAAGUUCACAAAUGGAAUUUCAAGAUGAAAAGCUAUAUAUUUUCCAACGUUUGAAGAAGUUAGAGAAGCAAGUAUACUUUUUCCUCAAUACUCACCCGGCUCAGGAUAAUUGGCCAAAGUCUGAAAAUGUUGUAAAGGAAUACCCAGAAAACUCUGAAAAGUUGGACAAUAAUCUUCUAGCCGAAGAUUCUGUUUCUUCGUUUAAAUUAAAUUCAGAUGCCAUGGUUGAUGAUCCCUCAUCCGAGAAACCUCAUGUUUGCAACCAAAAUGGUGAACUUGAAUACUAUGGACAUGGCUCCCCUGUUCUACGUGGAAAUAAUGGUUUAGCUACUACGGGAAGUUUAGUUUCAGAUUUUAUUGAAAGGUUACAAGCACUUGAGGCAGACCGUAGUUUCCUUGAGCAUACAAUAAACUUAUUGAGUGAAGGAGGUGAAGGACUUAAAUUAUUGCAGGAAAUAGCUGAUCGUCUGCAACAAUUACGCAGGAUCGGGAUAAGAGAAAUAGAUCAACCUGUUGCUUGAGGUUGUAUAUAAGAUUUUACAGAUUCAUACACCAAUGAUGAGCGACCAGGACUCAGAUACAUGCAGAUACAUACAUUGUACAAUAGUGAACAAGAUAAACCAUGAUUGGUUGAAACUGUACAGUAACAAUAGCUUGAGGUACAAUAAAAUAGGAUUUCAAAUUAUAUGGAGAGCUUUUUCACCCCUUCCUUUGUUUUGGUUUAAUUUCCGUGGACAUUUUGCUGCAUUGAGCUGUAAAUGUUUUCCUUUUGUCGUUUUUUAAUUGUAAAUGAAUAAUUGCAAUGAGUGUUUGUUUAAUUAGUGUCUUCUUGUAUUGAAGUGAGUCUUUUAGAAUUUGGAAACAGAGUGAACCAACUUUAGAGUUUUGCACCAUUGUUUGUAUGAAUAUUGCCUCAAUUUUAUGCAUCGGUGUGUGAGGCGUUGUUAAUUAAAUUGUAUGUGAUGUUGUGUUUUUCUCC